GUUUCAGUUUGCAUAUUUCUCCUUGUCUAUGUUUUUAUUCCAUGCCUGCUUCUGAAGACACGAUCACAACAUUUGCUACGGAGAUGGGGUACCUGGAGCCUCGGGCAUCUACCAAGGAGUGGCUCAAGGACAUACUACCUACACGCUCAGAGGUCGUGGAGUAUGCAAAAACCACGUUUCCCGUACUCACCUGGUUCUACCGCUACAACUGGCAGUGGCUUAUCGGGGACCUCAUCGCCGGUCUCACUGUCAGCGUCGUCGUUAUUCCACAAAGCAUGGCGUAUGCAAAGCUUGCUCAGCUGCCGCCUUAUUUUGGCCUAUAUUCUUCGUUCCUCGGUGUCAUUUUAUACUGCGCUACCGGCACAUCCAAGGAUAUCACCAUUGGCCCUGUCGCAGUCAUGUCGACAUUGAUGGGCGAGAUCCUCAACGAUGUGCUGCCCAGGCUGCCGCAGUACCAGGAUACGCCAUGGGUAGUGGCUAGCGCGCUGUCGGUCGUACUGGGAUGCAUUGUCGCUGGCAUCGGGUUUUUGAGGCUUGGCUUCAUUGUUGACUUUAUUCCGCUACCAGCAAUUGCUGCGUUCAUGACUGGCUCGGCACUCAGCAUCGCCAUGGGACAGGUCCCAAGUCUGAUGGGCAACAACAAGGCGCCUGGGUACAAUACACGCGAGGCCACGUAUCUGGUGUUUGGCAACUUCUUCAAGAACAUAAGAUACUGCGAUAUCAACGCUGCUCUAGGACUCACGGCUCUGGCGCUCUUGUAUUUUAUCCGCUGGGGAUCAGGGUACUGUUCACGGCGGUGGCCUGGAUACCAACGCCUAUUUUUCUUUAUGGAUACGCUGCGCACCGCGUUCGUCAUUCUACUCUACACUCUCAUGUCCUUCCUGGUCAACCACUCGCGCCACGACAAUCCCAGGUUCUCAAUCCUGGGCGACAUCCCUCGGGGCUUCAAAAAUAUCGGCGUUCCACACAUCAGCUCAGACAUUCUGUCAGCUGCUGCUGGUCGUAUUCCGUCCGCCGUCAUUGUGCUGGUCAUCGAGCACAUCUCCAUUGCAAAGUCGUUUGGCCGCGUCAACAAGUACACAAUCAAUCCUAACCAGGAGAUGAUUGCUAUUGGUAUUUCCAACAUCUUUGGCCCAUUCUUCGGUGCGUAUCCAGUCACUGGCUCGUUUUCGCGGACGGCAGUCAACUCGAAGGCCGGUGUACGGACGCCAUUCGCCGGCGUCAUCACCGGGGUGAUCGUUGUCAUUUCGAUCUAUGCUCUGCCUGCAGUGCUCUACUAUGUCUCCAAUGCUGUGUUGGCUGCUGUCAUCAUCCACGCUGUUGGCAAUUUGGUCACCAGCCCAAAGACUGUCAAGGGAUUCUGGCAUGUCUCGCCGUUUGAGUUCCUGAUAUUCUGGGCUGGCGUCACUGUCUCUGUGUUUUCGUCAAUCGACAACGGCAUUUAUACCACCGUCGGCGCUUCAGCUGCAUUGAUGCUGUUCCGUAUUGCCAAGGCACGGGGCAAGUUUGUUGGCCAGAUCGAGGUUUGCGAUACAAUGUCUGACAGCCGUCGCAACGUCUACAUACCGCUCGACCACACUGACGGAUCCAACCCAGCAGUUGAUGUCAAACCUCCUCCCAGCGGUAUCUUCAUCUACCGCCUCAACGAGGGGUACCUGUAUCCAAAUGCCGUUCACUUUACCGACCAUAUGGUUGGACAGAUUAUGCAACAGACCCGACCAGGUAUACUGAACCCGUACGGUUCUCUUGGUAACCGCCCAUGGAACGAUCCAGGACCACGCCACAAGACGGAGUCCGAUAUUGACACAUCGAAGCCUGAGUUGCGCUCGGUCAUUCUGGAUUUUACCGGCGUCUCCCAUGUCGACAUCACUUCAGUGCAGAAUCUGCUCGACGUGCGCCAGCAGCUUGACCGCCAUGCAGAUUGCUCGGUAUCGUGGCACUUUGUCGGUAUAAAGUCGGUAUGGACCAGGCGGGCACUGAUAGCUGCUGGUUUUGGCGCACCGGUCGGUGCGAGCCAGAGACCAGUGUUCACAGUGGCAAAUAUCGGUCUUCAGCAGGAGAAUGACAACGAUAAACCGGCUAUUAGCGAAGACCCUAAUUCCCUGAGUGAGCAUGAGCAGGUAGCGAUAUUACGAGAGGUAAAGACGGUGCCAGUCAUGAGCAUUGACAGGCCGUUCUUCCAUAUCGAUAUGAACGAGGCAUUGGCAGCUGCCAAAAACCAGCUUGCCAUUUAGCCAUUCCAAUUUGUAAUUAUGCAGCAAGAUAAAUGUGUUAUCAACCAGUA